AUGACCGCCAGGAGGACCAGCGAUAUUCCAGAUAAUGGUAAUUUCAUCAGCCUGGGUCCUGAAGUGAAGGUGGCAGAGCGGAGCCUCAGCCAGCCCCUGACGUGCAACAUGAGUGAGGGCACGGGCAGGCAUGCUGCCCACCCCUGGGCACAGAGAGACCCAGGCCCGGGCAGCCUCACGCCUCCUUCCCACGGCGAGGAGCCGGCCCACACCUGGGUCUCGCGGCCUGGCAGCAGGGCUGCCUGCAGCGCCUGGGCCCCGUGGGGAAGAGGCUCCGGGCUGCACUCCCGGCCACAAGCCGCAGCCAGCUCGGGCACGUUUGCCAGCGGGACCUCGUGGGCGGUGUCCUGGCGUUUGCCCGGCCCCCCAGCCCCUGUGCCUGCGCAGGUGUCUCGUGGUGCCCUCACGGUCCGUGUUGGAGGUGGCUGGGUGGCCCUGGAUGAGUAUCUGGUCGAGAACGACCCGGAAAGAGGUGGAGGUGCUGAACCCAUGGGGCAAGGCCUGGUCAUCCCUUCCAGACACACUGGAAGCCUGCUGGGGACAGAGACCCCAUCUCUUCCACGGUCAAGGCAGGGAAGCCACUCGGUCAUGGAGGCAGCCUCUGAGGACAGCCUGGCCCGGCAGCCCCAGGACCGAGCAGCAGCGCAGGCAGCCGGCCCCGAGGCGGUGAGCAAGGCCUGGACGACCAAGGACACCGGACAAGAGGGGCACCUGGGUCGAGGUCAACGCCUGCACCAGCGGCCCCAUGGCCCCCCUCGUGCAAUAAAGUCACGUUUGUAAA